ACCGUGUCGACAGUCAUGACCAAAACUUUACAGUGAUAAAAAGGAGUUGUAUCCCAGGUCCCUUUAGCUUGAAAAGGUACAAGAUGUUCUCAUUUUUACGUCACAAUAUAUCAAACUAUCAUAUACGGUACCAAUUCUUCGCAUUUACAUUAUGUAGACACAUAUAAGAACUAAUUUUUGACAAUGUAGCUAUUUUUCAUAUAUAAAUACGUGAAGCCCUCAGAAAGAGACCACCACCUUUGGAAAAAAACAGUUUCCUCUUUUCAUUUGUGUCUAUUCAAGAUGUCAAACCAAGGAGGACAAGAUGAGUCCAGAGCCGAUAACCCUGAGGGAAGGAAACCAGCGGUUGACGACGUCUAUAGCUUUGAAGACGACCCUGUCGUUGGGAGGUUCAAUAGUUUCGGCACCGAAAUGUCCGCAAUGGUCUCCGCCUUGACCCAGGUUGUUUCUGCUCGCUCUCUAACAUCAUCUACAGUCGAUACUCACUCUUCUUCCUCUUCUGCUGGGCUAAAAAGAGAAAGGCUUGGAAAUAAUCGAGUAGACUCUUCCCUUGGUCCGAUCGGAGAGUGCACAAACAAUGGUUUAUCGAAAGAAGAAGCAAAGGAGAAAAACAGGAGAUACCGAGGAGUACGGCAGAGACCAUGGGGAAAAUGGGCGGCUGAGAUACGCGAUCCACAUAAAGCAGCUAGAGUUUGGCUCGGUACGUUUGAUACAGCAGAAGCGGCUGCUAGAGCCUACGACGAGGCUGCACUCAGAUUCCGUGGAAAUAAAGCAAAGCUUAAUUUCACGGAGGAUGUAAAGAUUCUUCCUCCUCGGCCUCAUCUUAUUCCCCAAGCAGAUGAAGGAAAUGUGGAUCUGAAGAAUUUCUUGAGUUAUCCCCAGUUGUUGCAAAGCUCAGGCGAACGGGCAUUUGCCUGCCAAGGACAAGAAGUGAGAAACGACAGAUUAGAACAUUCACCAAUGGAACAACCUCUUCUUCCUUUAGAUUCUGCUCCCAGUUCAUCUGAUUUUCGGGGGCCUUCUUCGGCCUAAUGUAUUUUUAAAAUUUUGAUUGAAAUAUAAGAACGGCUUAGAAAACAUAUGAAUGAGCAAGCUAAAUAAAAUAAAAAAUGAUGUUUCUAUAAUUAUACUGUCAACAUUAUGUAUGUAUCCAAUGUUAUCAUAUAUGUAUUUCUUUUCUUUUUGUGUUAAAGAAUAGAAAGACUGCCAUUUGUUUCACCUAUGUAUUUCUAAGGUGAUACUUUCGUACAUUAUUUCAACAAAUGCUCCUUUUCAUAUCAUUAUAAGAGUUUUUCGAAACCUAAAAAUGUUUGUAAAAAUAACAAAAAUUGAAAUAUGUCUUGUAUAUGUUUACAA